AUGCCAGCUUCCAGCUCGACUCAGACAGCUCCCAGCUCCAGCAAGCGACUCUACAGACAACGCUUGCCUCCAGCGACAGCUUCCGACUCGACUCCAGCUCCGACUCGAGCAUCGAGUCUCCAAAGGCGACUUCAAGGCUUCAGCAAGAUCAACAUGCAACCCCGGCGCAGUGCUACAUCAAGCAACAACCAAGCUCAUCCGCAAGGGCGACCUGUACUGCUUCACCAAGUGGCGGCUGCGCGGAGUGCCAGGAGCCCUGGCAAGCCCACCGAGUUACCAGAAAAGGGAGGUGAAGUCCACUGCAUCAAGAAGGGGCCGCUUCCGCCGGAGUACUUUCGAGUCCAAGCUUAG